CCAAGCUGUACACCUACUUAUUCUUUCCUCUUCUUCAGGAUUAUGAAAGAGAAAAACUUUGUUCCCAAGGAGAUAGGGUGAGGGCUGUGGGAGAAAAGCAAUCAACAAGUAUUUAUUAAAUGUCUGCUAUAUUCCAAGCACUAGGCAUACAGUAUAAGAAGUGAAACAAAGGAGUUAGAUUUCAUCAGGAAGACCACUUCCAUAUAAGCAGGUAGUCAGGGCAGGAUUCAGGUGAGGGAUAAAGAAAGGCUUUGUGUAGAAGGUGGUUUGGGCUUGAAGCAAGGGCUUCUAGAAGGCAGAGGUACAGAGUGGGGCACAUUCUGGGCAUGGGGGGCAGGCAUUACAAAGGCACAGACACGGGAGAUGGUUCCAGGUAUGAGAAACAGAAAAAAAGGCCAAUUUGACCAGAUUAGCAUGCAGGAAGGGAAGUAAUAUAUACUGGAGCUAGAAAGAUAAAGUGGGGGUAGGUAGUGAAGGGCUUGAAAAGCUAACUAGAGUUUAAAUUUUAUCCUACAGACAGUGGGGAACCACUGAAGUUUAUUGAGUAAGUGAGUAACAGACCUGAGCUUAAGGAAAAUCACUUUGGCAUCUGUGUGGUAGCUGGAUUGGUGUGGGGAGAGACUUGAGUCAGGAAGAUCAAUACAGAGGCCAAUGUGAUAGAUCAGGGAGGAGGUGAUGGGGACCUGAAUUAAGGUGAUGCCUCUGCAAGGAGAGAGGAGGAGUUGUAUGUAAGAGAUGCUAUGGAGGUAGACACAGCCAGAUUUGUCAACUGACUGGAUUUAUAGGGGAUGAGGGACAGGAGUCAGGUUUAUCUCUGAGGUUAUGAACCUGCGAGAAUGGAAAAGUUGCAGUGCCUUUGACAGAAGUAGGGAAGGCUUUGGGGGAAGGAUGAUGAAUGUUGUUUUGGACAUGUUGAGUAGAAAUGCCUGGGAGGCAUCCUGUUUGAAAUGUCCACUAAGCAGCUGAUGUAGGAAGGAAGCUCAGGGGAGAGACUAGGGCUGGAUAUAUGGAUCUGUGAAUCAGCUGCACGGAGAUGAUCAUUAAACCAGAAGCUGAUGAGGUCAUUGAAAAGAGAAGAGGAGGAACAUCCAGAGAGAGACAGGGAGUACGGUUAUGAGUGGUGAGCCAGCAAACAGGAGCAGACAGAGAUUCUGUUGGAGGAGAACCAGGAGAGAGAUGCCAUAAAGCCUAGAGAAGCCAGAGCAUGGUUUCCAGGGCAGCAGAGAGGUCAAGAAGGCUGAAGACUGAAGCGAUGCCAUCAGAUCUGGUCCCCCUCCCAUCACCCCCGCACAGGCAUUCUAGAACAGAGAGAAAGAACUUGUUCUAGAAUGAUUUUUUCAUGAGAUACGAUGGGUCUAGAAGCAUUCUAAUUUUCAAUAGGAAAAAUAAAAGAACAUUCCUAGUUGGUCUCUGCUUUCUCUACAGAAAGGUGCUUCCUUAAGAACUGAGCUGGGUGAGCAAUUCCCUAUUAAUCACCUCCCCCCCCAUACACAUUUGUUGGGAGGCCUCUAAAGCCCAAGGCUCUUUAGCCACCCUGGUUUUCCCGCACCUACUUUCCAUCUGGCUCUUUGGCUUUACCAGUAUGAGCCUGCUUCACACCCCUCUGCUGCUGCUUUGGAGCUGGGGAAGUCUCCGAGCUUUUGAAUUGGUGGAGAAGCAGAAUAUUUUUCAGAAGAUCCCUUGUCCUGCCUUCUUGAUGUUUGAUAAUGCCGCUUACCUGGCCGACAUGAGCUUUGAGCUCCCCUGCCACUGCAAGCCUGAGGAGGUGCCCGCUGUAGUCUGGUACUACCAGGAGAAAGUAGGGGCUACCAUACCAAAGUCUCUGACAGACUUUGAUGGGCGGGUGGUGGUCGAUUCGGGACAAGUGCGGGGUGGGGCAGCAUGUCUGGCCCGCUUCAGCAUCCAGAUGUUCAGCUUACUGUGUGUUCGCCGGGCACAGCCUGAGGACUCGGGACUAUACCUCUGUGGGACACGUCACGGUGACUAUUUCUAUGGCUACGAUGUGGACAUACAAAGCAGUCAAAAGAUGAUAGCAGCAUUCACUGACCAAGGCCAGGAGCUGCCUGAGGAUGAGGAGCAUGGGGACCUCCACAUCUUCACUACCUUCUGGGAGUGGACCCGCUGUGAUCGCUGUGGUGUCAGAGGGGAACAAUGGAGUGGUCUCUGCUACCUGAAUAAACCAGGGUUUCCCCCCCGGUUUCGAAAGACUGUGCCUGGGGUGUCUUGUGGUUCCCAGGCGGUGCCAAGGAGUCUGCGAAAUAUGGCAAGAAACCACCGUCACCCUGAGCUGAUGAUCCGGAGCUGGCAUGGUGCCUGCAAGGAGAAGUCACAGGUGGGGUGUUGAUGGCCAUCUAUACUGUCAUCUCAAAAGCUGGGCAGCAAUCCCUGGGUGGUCCCAAAAUACCCAUUCAUUACCACCCAACAGAGGCUUGGCCAUGGGUUUAUCAUCUCCUGCCCUGGGGCUCGUCCAGAACACGCAGUGGCCUGGGACAAGGACCGCAUCCGUCUGUACCGCACCAGCUUCCUGAAGGGGGUCAACCGGUCCAUGAGGGUAUUCAUUGACCAUGGUAACCAAUUCCAUAUCCGAUUCACUCAGUUGGAUGAUAGGGGAACCUAUUACUGUUGGCGAGAAGGGGAGAUGGUAGCUGGCUUCCGGGUUGCUGUGACCUCUCGGGGUCGUUACCAUGCUUCUCUCUCUGACCCUGAGACCCGAUAUGCCCUACAUGCUGCCCUGGUGUGCUAUGUGUUCAUCACAGCUGUCUUCAUCCUUAUCCACUUAUGCCGCUGCUGCUGUUACUUCUUUAUCUGCUGCCCUGAUCUGUAG